GAGAAGCAAGGGUAAAGUAUUUUCGCAAUUUCUGCCAUGAAGAUUUUACUAGCUUCUCUCCCCAAGGCCACAGCCAAUCAGCGCGCGUGCCCUGGCACCUGCGUCUCCUGCGUCAAGACGGCCGGGACGAGCGAAUGCAGGCGCCGGGCGAGCUGGGAGCGAUUUAAAACGCCUUGGAUUCCCGGGGCCUGGGUGGGGAGAGCGAGCUGGGUGCCCCCUGUAUCCCCCACCCCGGGCACCCCAUGAGCCGACCCGCGGCCCCAUGGAGCCCGGCAAUUAUGCCACCUUGGACGGGGCCAAGGACAUGGAUGGCUUGCCCGGGGCGGGAGGGAGUCGGAAUCUAGUCGCCCACUCCCCACUGACUAGCCACCCGGCAGCGGCGCCUAUGCUGAUGCCCGCCGUCAGCUAUGCCCCCCUGGACCUGCCGGGCUCUGCGGAACCGCCAAAGCAGUGCCACCCUUGCCCCGGGGUGCCCCAGGGGGCGGCCCCGGCUCCGGUGCCUUACGGCUACUUUGGAGGCGGGUACUACUCCCGCCGAGUGUCCCGGAGCUCGCUGAAACCCUGUGCCCAGGCGGCCACCCUAGCUGCCUACCCCGCCGAGACUGCCGCGGCCGGGGAGGAGUACCCCAGCCGCCCCACCGAGUUUGCCUUCUAUCCGGGGUACUCGGGACCCUACCAGCCUAUGGCCAGUUACCUGGAUGUGUCGGUGGUGCAGACUCUGGGGGCCCCCGGGGAGCCUCGCCACGACUCCCUGCUGCCUGUGGACAGUUACCAGUCCUGGGCCCUCACCGGGGGCUGGAACAGCCAGAUGUGUUGCCAGGGAGAACAGAACCCGCCAGGGCCCUUCUGGAAGGCAGCAUUUGCAGAUACAAGCGCGCAGCACCCUCCAGAAGGCUGCGCCUUCCGACGGGGCCGAAAGAAGCGCAUCCCGUACAGCAAGGGGCAGUUGUGCGAGUUGGAGCGCGAGUAUUCCGCUAACAAGUUCAUUACCAAGGACAAGAGGCGCAAGAUCUCCGCGGCCACCAGCCUCUCAGAGCGCCAGAUCACCAUUUGGUUUCAGAACCGCCGGGUUAAGGAGAAGAAAGUCCUCGCCAAGGUCAAGACCAGCACCACUCCGUGAGGGAGAUCCCUGCCUGGGGGGGGGGGGGGGGAGAAAUGGGAGUGUCCUGGGGAGACCGGGAGACUGCCAGUGCCAGGCUGGAGCGCAGGACUCUAGUGAGGGGCUCCCACAGGUUACACUCGUCACAGGCCACACCUCUUGGGCUGUUCCUCAGGGAUGGUCUGCUGUACCCCCAUAUGUUCUAGGGAGCCAGUGAGGCCCAGAGUUACAGUCCAACCCACCAGAGUAAGCCACCACCUACGGGACCUGUCGCGGUCAUAAUCAUUCAUCUUAGCGGUGACAGUAAUUACUAUCACCAGUAUGAGUUCCCAUGAUAAUUAGUCUCCUAUUUUCUAUCUAGAGCUCUGAAGAGCACCUUAGAAACCACUUGCAUGGAUUGAGCUGAUUAUGAAUAAACUUGGAAGGAGACCCCUGGCAGGGAAGCUU